CUUGGAGUACACUUUUGUGGUGUACCUCUUGAAAAAACUCCUAUAAUGUCUUCUAGGGUUUUUUAGCGUCUGAACUUUUAGCAUAAUAUAAUCUCUGAGAUCCCAGACUACUUGCCAAGUUGCUAUCUGGGGAAGACGUUAGGAGUCUACAGCGCAGGAUCGAGUGUGUUUCGUCACCUCUUUUAUUUGCAAAACUGUUUGGAAUUCGUAAUUAGAGAGCCAAGGAUGUCGGGGAAGGAUCAGGAGUAUCGCAUAUUCAUCGGUGGGCUGUCGUGGGACAUCACCGAGCGUCAGCUCGAAGAUGCUUUUAGCCGUUUCGGGAAAGUCGUCGACAGUCAGGUUAUGCUGGAAAGAGACACACAUCGUCCUCGUGGAUUUGGAUUUUUAACAUUUAGUGACCGCAGGGCAAUGGAGAAUGCAAUAAGAGAUAUGAAUGGUAGUGAGUUGGGUGGGCGGAUGAUCUCAGUUAACAAGGCCCAACCUAGGAUGGGGGGAGAUGGUGUGGACCAUGGUGGCUAUGGCGAAGGGUACUCUUCUGGUGGUGGAAGGGACAGCUACAGUGGUGGAGGUUACACAUCUGGCGGUAGGGGGGGAAGCUAUGGGGGGCUGGAUAGGUCAUCAGGGCAGGAUACUUGUUUCAGGUGUGGUCGUCCAGGCCACUGGGCCCGAGACUGCCCAUUAGAAGGUGGUGGUGGUCGAGGUGGCCGCCCAUUGACACCUCCCCCACGGUCCAGGUUUGGUGGUCGUGGUGAUCGCUUUGGCAGUGAUCACCGUGAUAGGUACGUGGAAGAUCGCUAUGAUAGAGGUCACUAUAGCGACAGGGGAGAUCGUCUUGAUAGUAGAGAUGACCGCUAUGGGAGCCGUGAUCGGUAUGUUAGUGACAGGUAUGCUGCUAGUGGAGAUCGGUUUGCAGGCAAUAGAUAUGGAGGCGCAGACCGUUUCGCUUUGAAUGGAAGCUAUGGGAAAGAGAGGGCAGUGUAUGGCCGUGAUGGAGGAGGGGGUGGAAGAGUGAGCAGCGACAGAUAUGCAGCUGGAGCAGGUGGGCCAGCGCGUUAUGAGGGGGGCAGAAGCUACAGGGACAGCCGGGCAGGACCAUAUGACCGCCCUAGAAGGGGCGGUCAGUCUCCCUCCUUUGCUGACCGCUAUUGAAGCCUUCAAUUGCCGUCUGUGUUGAACCAGAUCUUUCGGUAAGUGGAAAUGUCAAGUCCUCUGUUAGUUGUGUGAGAUUUAAUCGUAACUGAAGGAGUUUAUUUCAUAGCGCUGUGGUUUCCCUUUUUCUUUGAAGGCUAGUUUGGAUGUGUACUUUUGCGAACGUCAUAGGUUGUUUUUGGUGGGCAUUAAUUUGUUCCGAAACCGGAUCAUGAUGAGCUUAGGCAUUUUGAAUACUCUUGGUACCAUGCUGGCUAAUGGGUGUCAUAGGAGUAAUUUGAAUUGAGUAACCAUUGUACCAAAUGGUGAUAGUUGUGACUUGUUAGUAGGGGGUGAAUGUGGAUCGGGCUAUCCGUCCAAGCCCGAAAGCUGUCAUUUUUGGGAGGGCUUGCAAGGCACAAAGAUAAGGCUUGAGUUUUG